AUGUUGUCUGUAGCUCUGCUGCUGCUGCUGCUGGCAGCUGGAUCCUGUGUUUCUGGUUGGACCAUAACUGAGUCUGGACCAGCGGCUAAAAGGCCUGGAGAGUCCCACAAACUGACCUGCACAUAUUCUGACAUCUCAACCGAUAGUGGUUUUGGCUGGAUCAGACAAGCACCAGGAAAAGGACUGGAAUGGAUUGCAUUCAUCAGUGGGCCAAGUGGAAGCACUAAGUCCUACUCCCAGUCAGUCCAGGGUCGGUUCACCACCUCCAGAGACAACAGCAGACAGCAGGUGUAUCUCCAGAUGAGCAGUCUGAAGACUGAAGACUCUGCUGUUUAUUACUGUGCCAGAGACACACAACACAAUUAUUUUGCCUACUGGGGAAAAGGCACGGUGGUCACGGUCUCAUCAGCCACACCAAAGGCCCCUACUGUGUUUCCUCUGGAGCAAUGUGGCCCCGAGACCGGAGACACCGUGACUCUCGGCUGCCUCGCCACCGACUUUACACCCGCCUCACUGGGCUUCAGAUGCACCAACGCUGAGGGAGUUGCCCUGCCUGAUGUACUUCAGUACCCCGCUGUUGAGAAAAACAGGGCUUACUUUGGAGUCAGUCGGGUCCGCGUGCAGCGAGACUACUGGGACGCCAGGAAAGUUGUCAACUGUGUUGUUGAGCAUUCAGCAGGACAAAAACAAUGCCGCCUUCAGAAGAAAGUGCAGCGGGUUGUCCAUCCGACCGUCACCAUGUCCCCUGACUGGAGGUGGGUCUCUGGGGCUGCAGAAGUGAGCCUUGUGUGCACCUACAGCAGUUACUACCCAGACGACCUAGAGGUGCAGUGGCAAAUAGACAGCCGUGCUGUCGACAUCGUUCCGGUCCAAAAGAAGUUUCAAGCUGUGGAAAAGGAGGGAAAAACUUUCAGCCUAAGGAGCCAGAUUGAGUUGGACCGGAAAAACUGGACAAAUGGCUCAAAUGUCACGUGCAAGUCCAAACACCACGACGCCGAGUUGAGCAAAACAAUCAGUAUUUGUGCAAUUUACCCUUCCUCCCCUCCUUGCAUUCACCUGGAGACCCCCAGCUUCAAAACAGUGAUGAUGGCAAAGCCUGAGGUGACGGCUACGUGUGUGGUUGAGACUGUCUAUGAUGCCAAGGUGACCUGGCAUGUCGAUGGGGAAGAAAUCUCGGCCACAAGAACCGUGCCGAACCGGACCGGCAGCAAGACCUAUUUCAGCAGCAACCUGACUGUUUCCACAGACAAGUGGAUGACGUACAGUCGCGUGACAUGUAGGGCUGAACACCCCUGCUCCCCUCCAGCUGAAAAGACGGUGGAUAUAAGGCUUACAGCGGACAGGGCCCCGUCGGUGCUGAUCAGAAGAUCUCUGCCACACUUGCCUCAUGGAGACGAUGCCGUGCUGGAGUGUGAUGUCAGACAACUCUCCUCUAGCGACCUCUACGUCACCUUUCAGGCCAACGGAAGUGACAUAUCUGAAAAACAAUUUGUUGAUCUUUCCAAAGCCACAGGCCUCACUUCAACCACUCUCCAGUUCUCAGUUCCAAAAACCCACCAGGGAAAAGACAACACGUUCACCUGCAAAGUGAACCAAGGCUUCGUCAACAGCUCGGUAUCAGACUCAACCGGACGGAUUUUUGGUGACCUGUCAAUGGAGCUUCUUCUGGUCCCCAGUAAAGACUCAGGACAACAGAAACUCUUGUGUAUUGGCUGGGGUUUCAGUCCCCAAAUCAAAUGGCUUUCUGGGUCUCAGGACAGAUCGGCAUCAACUAAAGACAUCUUAUUAGGUGAAGACGGUCGUGUGGCAGUAAUCAGUCAUCUCAAUGUGCCUCAAAACGAGUGGACAAAAGCAGUGGUCUUUACUUGUGAAGUCUCUGACAAGGUUUUAAAUAAAACUGUCCGCGAUGAAAUGGGCUUCUGUUCAGUAACAGCAGCAUCAUCUCGGAAAGCUGGUGUCUUCAUUCAGGGUCCAGCUCUCCAGGAACUGCAGACGGAUGAACAGUUGGCUUUCACCUGUCUUCUGGUUGGUCAAAAUCUUGAAGAUUUCUCCAUCACUUGGAAAGUUGGUGGAAAUAAGUCUCAGAGGGCAUUGACUGAACCACGGCUGAGUCACGACAAUGGGACCGAGACCAUUCGUAGCUUCCUGAACGUAUCAGCAAAGGCUUGGCUCACAUAUACACAAGUAUCCUGUGAGGGGAAGCACCUAUGCUCCACACAGGGUUACGAGACGCACAUAAGCAGAAGUAGAGAUCCUAAGCCGCCAUUUGUGAAGAUAACAAGGCUGAAUGACACGGACCUGCCGGGCUCAAACAUGGAAACGCUCAUUUGCCUUGUGACUGGAUUUUCCCCCUCUGGCAUCUUAGUGUUUUGGGAGAAGGACGCCUUGAGGCUGCCAGUAUCACAAUAUACUAUCAGCCCUGUCUGGAAAUACACAGACAGCAACACCUUCUCACUGAACAGCAGACUGAACAUAUCCCGGCGGUCCGAGAGGGACCAGGAAGCAGCAUAUUCCUGUGUAGUAAAACACGAGUCAUAUGAGGAACUAUUCAAAAGCACAGUACAACCUGUGUUUGCUCCAGUGACACCGAGUCCACCUUCAGUCACCCUCCUCCAUGGCCCUGGCGAGCUUGUGUGUCUGGCAAAUGGUUUCAGGCCUGCACCGGUGAACAUCAGCUGGUUCCUUGAUGAGACUACAGAGUUGUGGAGCUACAACACCAGUGAGCCACACAGAGGACCACAGGGGGACUUCAGCGUCCAGAGCCGACUCCGCCUGCCCCCUGUUGACUGGCCACUCGGGGCAGUCUACACUUGCAGGGUGACACAUGUUACCCUGACACUGGCCUUAAAUUUCACCAAACCAAAACUUCUAGACCAUGUGUACGUUGACCAGAACCAGCAUGAUGUUGUUAUUCAAGAUGUGGAGGAAGAAGACUGGUACAUGGCCUUCACUUUCCUCCUGCUCUUCUUCAUUUCCCUUCUCUAUGGAGUGACAGUCACCCUCAUAAAGUCGAACCCGCUUCAGUGGAGAACAGCCUGACAACUCGAGGGUUGUUCACAUCUUUAUGCCAGAACAACAACGGCUCAGUCCAGACCCCUCUUAGACCACUCCGGUCUCUCCGGACCUGUCUUUCAAUACUACUCAGCUUGAUUUAGUGACGUGGACACCAAGUGGUCAGCACCGCUUCCACCCAGCCAGAGGGCCCCUGUGUAUCCCAGCCCAUCUGUGUGGAGAUCCACGUGCUCCCUGUGUGUGCACGGGGUUGGGUUACACAUGCUCUCCUCCCGCUGCACAAAGGUGUG